AUGUCUUCUUCCUCUUCCUCCCUCCUCCUUCUGUCAGGCCUGGCAGCCCUGCUCUUCCUCUCCCCGGUGGAGGCAGGCCUCGCCUUCCGGCACAACAACCCUCGGGUCCAACCCCGACAGGAGGUUUCGACGGACAUGCUCACGACCAUGACCUUCUGGUCCUGUACGGAGACAAGCACGGUCUUCUCGACCGUCAUAUCCAUUCCGCCGCCCGUAACCGUCACCUCUGUCACCACUGUCACCCAGACGCCGGUGCCACCCCCACCGCCACACAAGCACUUUAGCCAAUACAACCUCUCCUUCCUCGUCUACGGCGUCGUUCCCCUCAUUCAUAAAUACCACCACGACUGCUUCCCAGGUUCUCUCAACUCUGUCUUCUCUGGUCAACGGUACCUCCACUGCCACUUUGACACUCUCAACCUUGGCGCCCUUACUGAACACUACCAUCACCACGACGGCGACGGCAGCGACGACGACAGCAACAGCACAGCCCUCGCAUCUACCACCGAGCUCCUCACCAGCAGCUCGAGCGGCGCUCCCGAAUUGACCCCGUGCGAGACCGAGACAGAGAUGUUCACAUUCACGGAGACACUGGAGUCUCUGACUCAGUCUGCGCCUCAGUCGCUGAGCUCCAGUGUAUUGACCACCGACGUCAUCUACAUAACAACGGAGACGGUCGAGUACACCCCGACACAGACGACUGACACCACUGUGUAUGUGACCGUAUACAUCAUGGACCUGGUAACACAAGUUGAUAGACCGAGACUUCCGAUAUACGUGGUCAACAUGGUCCAUAAUUUGUCUAAUUGA